AUGGACAUAAUGACGGCGGUGCAGGACGCGUGUGUCUCCGGUCAGUGGCUCACGGCGGUCCUCCUCAGCCUGUUCUGCUUCCUGCCGUCCUGCCUGCCCGGACAGACCGUACCGGACUACUCCUCGGUGGAGAGCGUGGUGAGCAGACAGGGCGACACGGCUCUACUCAGGUGCUACCUGUUGGAUGGGAUCUCUAAAGGCGCCUGGCUCAACCGCUCCAGCAUCAUAUUUGCAGGGAAGGACAAGUGGUCUGUGGACCCCCGGGUGUCCAUCGUGUCCAGCGUGGGGGACAAACACGAGUACAGCCUCCAGAUACAGAGAGUGGAUGUUAGCGACGACGGCCAGUACACCUGCUCCAUCCAGAGCGAGCGCAACCCUCGGCCCAAGCUGCUCAACCUCAUCGUCAAAGUUCCUCCCAAGAUAUACGACAUUUCAUCCAACAUCACAGUAAACGAAGGCAGCAACGUGUCGCUCAUCUGUACAGCGAGUGGGAAACCGGAGCCGAGUAUUUCCUGGAGACACAUAACCCCAUUAGCCAGGAAGUAUGACAGCGGAGAAUAUCUGAACAUCACCGGCAUCACCAGGGACCAGGCUGGAGACUACGAAUGCAGCGCUUUAAACGACAUCGCCUCUCCUGACACCAAGACAGUAAAAGUCACAGUCAACUUUGCUCCGUCCAUCCAUGAAACCAAAAGCCAUGGAGUCGGUCUGGGUCGCACGGCUCUGCUCAGGUGUGAAGCUGCCGCCGUUCCUUGGCCAACAUUCGAGUGGUACAAGGGCGAGAAACGGAUUAUCAAAGGUCAGGGCAUCGAGAUCAAGAACCUCAACACCAGAUCCGUCCUCACCAUGACCAACAUGACGGAGGACCGCUACGGGAACUACACAUGCGUCGCCUCCAACAAGCUAGGGACGGCUAACGCCAGCGUGCCUCUCAUCCCUAUAAUUGAACCCACCACCACUAGUCCUGUCUCAAGCCCAGCAAAAAGCUCCGUGAGGCUCUGGAACGUUCCAACACCGCCCAACACUGCCCCCUAUGGGAGCACGGGGAGCGCCGACGCCCCGCUGGCCUGCCGCUACCUGGUCCUGGCGCUCUCGUCCUUCAUCAGCGUCUACUAACGGAGAACCGGCCGGACACAGAGACUGUGGAGAGCAUUUAGGAGUCCUUUUUGACAUUGCCGAUGGCUGGAAUCCAAUCUGGUACAGUUUGUUGCAGAGCUGAGGUGGAAAUAAUCCGUUUCUGAGGGGAGUUUCUGUUCUUUUUUUGUUUUGGUGAAAUCUCUCAUGUAAAUACUCUGAUGUUUUUUUAUUAUUAUUGUUUCCUUUCUCUUCUGUUGUUUUUUUAUUUCCUGGUUGUGAAUCUUCCCACCCACCUCCCAUCAAAUCAAACCCAGAAACCCUCCAAACCCACUUCAUGCAUCGUUCUCCGGCGAUCGGUGCAAAAACUCACAUUCUCAUCCCUUUUUAUUUUUUUUGUUUUUUUGUACAUGGCUGAAAAGAAGCAACUGUGCCAAGUCUCUCAGUACACAAAACUACCAUUCCAGUGUUGUAUUGAAUGUAUUAUGGGCUGCUGAGCAAAGGACAGACAUUUAGAUUCUAACAAUACAAGGUUUUAAUUAUGGGGUGUGCUGAAAAAUACAGAAAACAAAAAAAAGAAAAAACAAACGACGAAAAAAGGCAGGGCUCUUUCAGGACCCGUGUUGUCAUGAUUAGAUGGAUGAACAGUGUUCAAGGUGUGCUUUGUUGUGUUCUCUAAUAGCUCCAUCAGUUCCUAUGAUCAGGCGGCCGUCGAAGUAGCAGAAAAUACCGUAUCGUACCGUUUAAUUUCAUCGAGUUAGGCUUUUAUUUUGAAGGGGGACCACAAAAUGACGAAAACGAGACACAAAACGACAGAAAGUAGACAGGAAAGGACAAAAACAAGACACAAAAUGACAGACAUGAGACAGAAAACGACCAAAAAAAGACAGAAAAUUAUAAAAGCGAGACACAAAAUGACAGAAACUUGACAAAGACAAAAACAACAUAGAAAACGACAGAAAUGAGACACAAAAUGACAGAAACUGGACAGAAAAAGACAAAAACAAUAUAGAAAGUGGCAGAAAUGAGACACAAAGGGACAGAAACUAGACAGAAAACGACCACAACGUGCCUGCCGAGCAGCUUAGGUCAGGCCGUCGUCGUAGCAGAAUAUUCCCUAUCGUACCUCAUGAUUUCAUCAAGCUUUUAUUUUGAAGGGGGACCAGUUUUCCUCAACCCACCGUGACUCUACGGGACGGAGGAACAUCGCUGCCCUGUGUUUACAUCCUUUAUUAAAUAUGAAAAGCUCCUUCUCCUCUGAGUCCACGUCUGUGAACGUCACACCAGAAAGACACAGAAAGUUCAACCCUUAAACUCACAGCGACCUCUGUUACAGUUUAUCGCCUCCCAGAGCGCCAAAGCCUUCCUCCCCAAACAGUUCAGUACAGAACCUACAAGAAAAGUAGAAUCACUAAUCCUGCUUUGACUCAGGCAUCCUCGUGUUAUGAGACAAACACGAAGCUCAGAAAGACGACCAGUGCUCCAAACAUGGAUAAAGGUGCUGAAGGUCCUCCAAGUUUCACAAACAGACGACGGAAAUGAGACACAAAAUGACAAAAACUGGACAACAAAUGACAGAAAUGAGACGCAAAAUGAGAAAAAACUGGACACCAAACGACAGAAACAAGAGAGAAAACAACAAAAACAAGACAAAAACAGGACAGAGAGCGACAGAAACGAGACACAAAAUGACAAAAACUGGACAACAAAUGACAGAAACGAGACACAAAAUGACAAAAACUGGACAACAAAUGACAGAAACGAGACACAAAAUGACAAAAACUGGACAACAAAUGACAGAAACGAGACACAAAAUGACAAAAACUGGACAACAAAUGACAGAAACGAGACACAAAAUGACAAAAACUGAGCAAAUGACAGAAAUGAGACGCAAAAUGACAAAAACUAGACACAAAAGACAAAAACAAGACAAAAAGCAACAGAAAUGAAACAGAAAACGACAACUACAGGACACAAAAUGACAGAAAUGAGACACAAAACGGCAGAAAUGAGACAGAAAACAACAAAAACGAGACAGAAAACUCUAAAAACAAUCAAGAAAGUGACAGAAGUGAGACAGAAAAGACAAAAAAACCAGAACACUACCAAAACGAGACAGAAAACGACAUAAACGAGACACAAAAUGACAGAAAACAACAAAAACGAAAUCCAAAACGACAGAAAUAAGACACAAAACGACAGAAACAAAACAGAAAAUGGCCAAAACGAGACAGAAAACACAAAAACGAGGCGCAAAAUGACCAAAACGAGACACAAUAGAUGAUCAGUCAAAUGAAACCACUAACCUGGUGACUUUGUGUUUAAAUUCAGCGAUGGAGGCUGCUGUCAGAGUUUCCUUUGUUUUGGCAUCUUCAUCCUCCAGCGUCUAUCAGAUGCUGUAAUGCCUUAAUAGAUUCCCUCCUCCAGAAGCUCUCAGAUCGACUCAUUGUGUUCCUGAAUGUUCAGAAACUUCCAAUCCAAGCGACGGCUCCUGCAGGUGUUUGAGCUGCACAUCUCCAGAGGAAUAGCCAUCCCAGAAAAAGAAGCACAAACACUGUUCUGACUUCAACGUUUCGUGGUGGUUUUGUUUGAAGCUCUGCUAAACUUCUUUCUUUUAUUGUUUGUACUGAAAAUACUGCACCGUAUGAUCUUGUUUAAAUGUUAAGGUAUAAUGAACUGGAGUCAGACGUAUAUUUAUUCUCUUCCUUUAUGAAAACCAUGUAUAAAAACACCUUUGGAUGUGAGGCGCAGCGUGGCACAGUUUCUACUGUUGUCCUUCCUUUAGAUGCCACGCCUGUCGCUGGUUUGUUACAAAGAACGAUGUUUGCAGUCCGAUGAUCUUCUUUUUGGAGCGGGAGGUGUGAACCAGUAAUCCAGUAUUAUAGAGCAGAAUCAAUGUGUGUAUAUUUGGAGAAUAUUAGAGCCAGUGUGUAGUGUAGUUUUCACACACUCUGUUUGACGAUGUGCAGAGAGUCUGGUUGUGCUGCAUGUCAAAGUUAACCUGUGUUUUUGAGGUGGCCAUUUUACACAUACUCAGACUUUUGAUGAAGUUUCUUUGGUCUAAGAACACUGACCUCCUCCAGACCUCCAGGCCACAGCUGUGUGUGGUUUGUUGCUGAUGAAAACUACUGAUGGUGACGGUCUGUCUGAGCACCAUGCGAGUAUUCCAUAUGAAAUGUACUGGAUGUUUUCAAAUUAUGCUAUUAACCGGUCCCUUUUAUCCAAUUACUAUUAUUAUUAUUAUUUGCAAUAAAAGUCUUCAUGUUACAACGGAAA